CGUAUGCACGUGAUAGUGCGAAGGUGGGGUGCAGGAUCUUAUCAGAUCAUCGCAAAUUUUGGGAAACAACCCCCGCUUUGCCCGCGAAAGGUUAUAGGACGGACAACUAAUUUUCGACCAUCGCCACUUCCGCAUUCGAUUUUCCAAAGACGACUCUUAUCCCAGUCAAUAUAUCUUGGAGCAAAAAUGGCUGUUUCAGAGACCACCGGACAGGACAAUCAAGUGCAGACACUUCGUAAAAUUCUCACAUCCGAACAGGAACCACUUGCUCGCCGCUUUCGAGCGCUGUUCUCUCUCAAAUAUGUUGCCUCGCUGAACCCUCCGACAGAGCAUACCGUGCCUGCGAUCGAGGCGAUUGCGGCUGCUUUCACGUCGCCAUCUGCGCUGCUGAAGCACGAGCUUGCGUACUGCCUGGGACAGUCCCGCAACGAUGCGGCAGUGAGCCCACUCCGCCAGGUUUUGGAAGAUAAGGCCGAGGACACUAUGUGUAGACACGAGGCGGCAGAAGCUCUUGGGGCGCUGGGUGACAAAGGUAGCCUUCCAUUGCUGAAGGAGCUGAGGGACAGUGCACAAGAGCCCGCCGAAGUACGAGAGACGUGCCAGAUCGCUGUCGACAGAAUAGAGUGGGAGCACAGCCAACAAAAGCAGGAAAAACUGAAGCAGAGGUAA